CUUCCGGUUGUUCCGACGUCACCUCCGCCGUGACGUGUCCGUCUGCGGAUCGGUGCGACCAAAGAUUAUAGAGGAGCGGAUCUUUGGGUGCGACUGGAUAGGCCGUGGGGGGAAAGCUACUCGGUAGAAGGGGUGAGUAAUCUUGCUCCUAGCCAAAAUGCUGACCAAAUUUGAAACAAAAUCUGCACGAGUCAAAGGGCUGAGUUUCCACUCUAAGCGCCCAUGGAUCCUGGCCAGUCUGCACAAUGGGGUGAUCCAGCUGUGGGACUACCGUAUGUGCACCCUGAUAGACAAGUUCGACGAGCACGAUGGUCCCGUACGAGGCAUCGACUUCCACAAGCAGCAACCCCUCUUUGUUUCUGGUGGUGAUGACUACAAAAUCAAGGUUUGGAACUACAAGCUGCGACGAUGCCUCUUCACGUUGCUGGGUCACCUGGAUUACAUCCGUACCACCUUCUUCCACCACGAAUAUCCAUGGAUCUUGAGUGCCUCGGAUGACCAAACCAUCCGGAUCUGGAACUGGCAGUCGCGGACCUGUGUGUGUGUGCUCACUGGACAUAAUCACUAUGUGAUGUGUGCCCAGUUCCAUCCCUCUGAGGACUUGGUCGUCUCGGCAAGCCUGGACCAAACUGUCCGUGUCUGGGAUAUUUCUGGUCUGAGGAAGAAAAACCUUUCCCCAGGAGCAGUGGAGAGCGAUGUCCGUGGGAUAUCUGGUGUUGACUUGUUUGGGACUACUGAUGCCGUUGUCAAGUAUGUUCUGGAGGGUCAUGAUCGAGGAGUAAACUGGGCAACUUUUCACCCCACCAUGGCCCUGAUCGUUUCAGGUGCGGAUGACCGACAGGUGAAGAUCUGGCGAAUGAAUGAUGUCAAGGCCUGGGAGGUGGACACAUGCCGUGGACAUUACAACAAUGUUUCUUGCGCUGCCUUCCAUCCCCGUCAGGAGCUGAUCCUGAGUAAUUCCGAGGACAAGAGCAUCCGUGUCUGGGACAUGUCGAAGAGAACUGGGGUGCAGACAUUCCGUCGAGACCACGAUCGCUUCUGGGUCCUCGGUGCCCACCCUAACCUCAACCUAUUUGCUGCAGGUCACGACAGUGGGAUGAUUGUAUUCAAACUUGAGCGAGAGAGGCCAGCUUAUGCAGUGCAUGGAAACGCCCUGUUUUACGUCAAAGACCGGUUCCUGCGUCAACUCGAUUUCCACAGCUCCAAGGACGUUGCAGUAAUGCAGCUGCGCAGUGGCUCCAAGUUCCCAGUCUUCAGUAUGUCCUACAAUCCAGCAGAAAACGCUGUCCUCUUGUGCACGCGAGCCAGCAACUUGGAGAACAGCACGUACGAUCUCUACAGCAUUCCCAAGGACUCCGACUCGCAGAAUCCUGAUGCUCCUGAGGGAAAGCGCUCCUCUGGUCUGACUGCUGUCUGGGUGGCUCGAAAUCGCUUUGCUGUCUUGGACCGGAUGCAUUCGAUCCUAAUUAAAAAUCUGAAGAAUGAGAUCACUAAAAAAGUGCAGGUGCCAAACUGCGAUGAAAUCUUCUACGCGGGCACCGGGAACCUGCUGCUGAGAGACGCCGACUCCAUCACCCUGUUCGAUGUUCAGCAGAAGAGGUCCCUGAGCUCUGUCAAGAUCUGCAAAGUGAAGUAUGUGGUGUGGUCUGGCGACAUGACCCACGUGGCUCUACUGUCCAAACACGCUAUCAUGAUUUGCAACCGCAAGCUGGAAUCUCUGUGCAGCAUCCACGAGAACAUCAGAGUGAAGAGUGGGGCCUGGGACGAGAGUGGAGUCUUCAUCUACACAACAAGCAACCACAUCAAAUACGCACUGAUCUCUGGCGACCAUGGGAUCAUCAGGACACUGGACCUGCCGAUCUACGUCACCAGGGUGAAGGGCAACAGCGUCUACUGCCUGGACAGGGAUUGUCGCCCACGGGUUCUCACCAUCGACCCCACCGAGUUCAAGUUCAAGCUGGCUCUGGUCAACCGCAAGUAUGACGAGGUCCUACACAUGGUGCGGAAUGCCAAGCUGGUGGGACAGUCCAUCAUCGCCUACCUGCAGAAGAAGGGAUACCCGGAGGUGGCGCUGCACUUCGUCAAGGACGAGAAAACCCGAUUCAGCCUAGCUCUGGAGUGCGGGAAUCUCGAGAUUGCCCUGGAUGCAGCAAAGGCGCUGGAUGAGAAGGGGUGCUGGGAGAAGCUGGGUGAGCUGGCCCUGCUGCAGGGGAACCACCAGAUCGUGGAGAUGUGCUACCAGCGCACCAAGAACUUUGACAAGCUUUCCUUCCUCUAUCUCAUCACCGGCAACCUGGAGAAGCUGCGCAAGAUGAUGAAAAUUGCUGAGAUCCGCAAGGAUAUGAGUGGGCAUUACCAGAAUGCUCUGUACCUGGGCGACGUGGGAGAACGGGUUCGCAUCUUGAACAACUGCGGACAGAAGUCACUGGCCUACCUGACUGCGGCAACACAUGGAUUGGACGAGGAGGCUGAGGCCCUCAGGGUGACCUUUGAUCCAGAAAAGGAAACUGUGCCAGAGAUUGACCCCGAGGCCCAGUUGCUGCAGCCCCCACCACCCGUCAUGCCUCUGGAUACCAACUGGCCACUGCUCACCGUCUCCAAGGGCUACUUUGAGGGGAACAUGGCCGGACGAGGCAAGGGAGGCCAGCUCGCCGUUGACCAGCUGGCUAUGGAGAGUGCUGGCACAGGCGGAUGGGAAGAGGACACUGAGCUGUUGCUGGAUGAGGAUGGCUUUGUGGAUGCUGCUGAUGGAUUUGGAGAGGAAGCGACCAGGUCCACUGAGGAAGGAGGCGGCUGGGACGUGGAGGAGGACUUGGACCUGCCUCCUGAACUGGAACUCGCUGGGAGUGCAGGAGGAACCUCAGAUGGAUUCUUUGUCUCACCCUCCAGAGGUAGCAAUCCUGCACAGGUUUGGUGCAAUAACUCUCAGCUGCCUGUUGAUCACCUUGUGGCCGGAUCCUUCGAGACUGCGGCUCGAUUGCUUCAUGACCAAGUAGGGGUCACAAGCUUUGGCCCGUUUAAAAACCUCUUCCUGCAGUCGUUUGCCCGUGGCCGCUCUGUAUUCCAGGCCUUGCCGUGCCUGCCUGCCAUGUACGGGUACCCGCAGCGCAACUGGAAGGAUGCGGGCCUGAAGAGUGGGCUUCCGGCUGUGGGACUGAAGCUGGCCGACCUGAUCCAGCGGCUGCAGCUCUGCUACCAGCUGACCACCUCCGGCAAGUUCGAGGAGGCGGUCGAGAGGUUUCGCGCAAUCCUGCUCAGUGUGCCCUUGUUGGAGGUGGAGAGCAAGCAGGAAAUCGCUGAGGCCCAGCAGCUGAUCACCAUUUGUCGGGAGUACAUUGUGGGCCUCAGCAUGGAGACUGAACGAAAGCGGCUUCCCAAGGACACACUGGAGCAACAGAAAAGGAUCUGUGAGAUGGCUGCCUACUUCACCCACUGCAACCUCCAGCCUGUACACAUGAUCCUGGUGCUCAGGACAGCUGUUAAUCUCUUCUUCAAGCUGAAAAACUUCAAGACCGCGGCCUCAUUUGCUGGCAGACUUCUGGAACUCGGUCCCAAGCCUGAAGUGGGGCAGCAGACACGGAAGAUCCUGGCUGCUUGCGAGAAGACUCCUACCGAUGCCCAUCAGCUCAACUACGACAUGCACAACCCCUUCGAUGUCUGUGCAGCCACGUACAGACCCAUCUACAGGGGGAAGCCGGUUGAAAAAUGUCCGCUGAGUGGAGCUUGCUACAGCCCCGAGUUCAAGGGUCAGAUUUGCAGAGUGACCACGGUGACUGAGAUUGGCAAGGAUGUGAUUGGUCUUCGUAUCAGCUCCCUGCAGUUCCGCUGAUGUUUCGAUCGUUUCUCCUGCAGCCGAGCAUGUGUAAUUGCUUGUUGCCUGAAACAUGUUCGCGAUUUCCCAUGUUGCUAUCUUUGUUCAUGAAAUUAAUGUAUAGUAUAUGAUACCUGUAGUUGCAUUCCAUGUCACCUUCUGGUCCACUUCCGAGUUUCUUCCUUGCCCUUCCCUUCUUUCCCACCAGACAACUUUGCUUCUUGGGUUUCUGACCAGCCGAAAACCAAUCUUGCUCCCAGUUUUCUAACCGGCUUCACUUCUCACUGUUCUUCAGCUGUCCAUAUUUUAAAUCCUCUCCGCUCCCUGUUGGAUGCACGACCCGUCGUUCUCAUUUAUAUUCUGCUCCAAGCAUCCCAUUUGCUUAUAAUUAGAUCUGAGUUUUCAAAACUAGCCCACGAAAGUCCCUAACUGUACACAAUUUAGACCCAACUAGCCCCUGUAAUCACACUGUUAGCCUGUUUCGGGCUUCUUGUCAAAAUAAACAAUUUUGAAACGGUCUGAAGAAACUUUUCCUAUCCAUUCCUUCCACUUUUGCAGAUGUUUUGCCUGUUGAAUUACUCCAGCACUUGUCCUCCUAUUUCAUCUGUCUCUAUAGGUAUUCCAGUAUUCCAGCUCUGGUUUUUCGGCUUUCCACGCUGCUCCUCCGCAGCUCCAAUUCUGUAUUUUCCUCACCCCCAACCAACUGAUUUUGGUUACCUGGAAUUCCAGCUGACAGCACUUCCCAUCCUGUAGCAUCCCAGUCCAGCUUCCCACUCCCAGUGCACACUUCUCCACUCCACUGGAGCCAUUCCAAACCCCACCUUCGGGCUCCGAAAUUGUGAACUUCAAUUCCCUUUCCAAAUCCACAUUCAUGGUUUUGGUUUCCCAGUGGGCUCCUGCUCCUGGCUUGGAUUUCAAGCGGGCCUUCGUCCCUGCUGCAUCAUGGCCCUUCGGCCCAUUAUAGCUCUAAUCCUAGCCUCGGCGACCCUCCCCCGCCUACAGCUUUUGCGUCCUGUGUCAAAAUAAAAUGUUAUUGCUGCA